UUGAGCACCCCCACCAACCUCAUGUUCACCUGUUCCUUUAUCAUUUUUGCUAUCGGACUCACCUUUCACCACACCCAUCUACUCUCGGCCCUGCUCUGCCUAGAAGGCAUAAUACUUUCAGUUUUUAUGCUAUUGACAAUAUGAUCCCUUAACUCUAACACCUCCUCCUUUAUCCUCCCACUAACAGUACUAACCCUUUCAGCCUGCGAAGCAGGCAUUGGUCUUGCCUUGCUAAUUGCCUCAGCCCGCACACACAACACAACCAACCUUAAAAACCUUAACCUCCUCCAAUGCUAA